UAAGAGAAGGAGUUUGAAUACUUGUGAUAUAAUGGAGAAGUAUAUGGAAUCGCGUUACGCGAAUUACGUCGGUUAUUUACAAAAAUACAAAGGGGUGGUUCCACAACAGAAUGGAAACUGGGGUGCUCAAAUAUACACAAAUAACCAACGUAUAUGGUUAGGAACAUUCAAGUCUGAAAUAGAUGCUGCUAUAGCAUAUGAUAGGGCAUCAAUGAAGCUUAGAAGUGCUGAUGCUCCAAGAAACUUCCCGUUGACCAAGUCAACUCUUCUAGAAGCAAGUUUCCAAAGUCAUUAUAGCAUGGAAACAAUUCUAGCUAUGAUCAAAGAUGGGUCAUAUCAAGCAAAGUUUGAUGAUUACCAAAGGCUGAAAAAAGAUAGAGAGAAUGAUAGUAUAGUUGAAAAGGGGAAUUUAGGGUUUUCUUGUAGGGUUCUUUUUCAAAAGGAGUUGACACCAAGUGAUGUUGGUAAGCUUAAUAGGUUGGUGAUACCUAAGAAAUACGCUGUCAGAUAUUUUCCGCCGGUUCCGGAUGACGUGGCACAAGGGUUUGCUAAUGAUGAGGUGACUCUUUCUUUUUAUGAUACUAAAAAGAGGUUGUGGAAGUUUAGGUAUUGUUAUUGGAAAAGUAGUCAAAGUUUUGUGUUCACAAGGGGGUGGAAUCAGUUUGUGAAAGAUAAGAAACUUAUGCCAAAAGACAAGAUCACUUUUUAUUAUCAAGAGAAUCUUGAAAUGCCUAAUAUGGGGUUCUGGGUGAUUGACACGUGUACGUCUACGAGCCAUAAGGGAGCGAGUUUGAAACUUGGUGCGGAAGAAGAAGAAGAAGAAGAGAGUUUUAAGGAUGAAUGCAAGAUGGAUGAUCAAAUAAUGGAAACAAGCAAUGUAAAGGUUCAUGGAUUGAAGCUUUUUGGUGUCCAGAUAAUUCAAUGACAAGAUGUUUUAAUGCUUGUUUUGAUUUUGAGGACAUAUGAGUUUGUUUAGCAGCAUUUAUAUAUCUAUGUUUUGGUGUAUCAAUCUAUGUUAGGGCCUUUUUUGGCGGUUAUGAUAAUA